AUGGAAGAAAAACGAGAAGAAUCAAUCAAACAAUUUGGAAGACAGAGUAACAAUUUUUACAUGGAUCCUUCAGAAAAAGUGAAAGAGAAUUUGGCAGUGUCCAUUCAACAUUAUGCCCAAGAACCCAUAAAUGCCAUUGCCCUGAACAGAGACAGUAGUCGUGUGGUCAUUGCAGGACGACAAGUUUUUAAAAUCAUUAGCAUUGAAAACGACAAAUUUGUUGAAAGUGUAAAUUUCCGGGUCGGCAAAAACAUUAAUCUUAACUUCAGUGCUGCCGAUGUCACAUGGAACCACAUUGAAGAAAACAAAUUGGCAUCAGCAGCCACUAACAGCUCUGUAGUGAUAUGGGAUUUGAACAAACCUUCAAGAUCCAAGCUGUGUGAUGUGUACACAUCUCACAAGAGAACAGUGAAUCGCGUCACUUUCCACAACAAAGAACCAUUUCUUUUGCUCAGUGGCUCCCAAGAUGGGGACAUGAAAAUAUUUGAUACCCGUCGAAAGGAAGUUACAACAACUUUUAGUGGCAAGGAGAGUGUGCGUGAUGUUCAAUUUUGUCCACAAACUGACGGUUAUUUCCGAUUUGCAGCCGGACUUGAAAAUGGUAUUGUACAGGAAUGGGAUAUCCGGCGCCCUGAUCGGCCAGAAAGAGAAAUAACAGCCCACACUGGACCAGUAUUUACAUUAGACUGGAAUCCCAUCGAUAAGAACUGGCUUGCAACUGGGGGAAGAGACAGGGCAAUUAAAGUGUGGGAUUUACCUUCACGGAAGCUUGUCCACAUUGUCCACACAAUGGCCUCCGUGGCUAAAUGUAAGUGGCGUCCAGAGCACAAACAACUAAUUGCCAGCAGCUCCCUCCUCGUGGAUUUUGCUGUGAACAUCUGGGAUAUUCGGAGACCAUACAUUCCUCUGGCUGCUUUCAACAAACACAAAGAUGUUGCUUCAGUUGAUGAACUUAAUACGCCUACUCCCACUUGUCCUCCCAGCAAUAUAUUACAAAGUUUAGAGCCCUCGAUGUGGGCCAAUAGUAACCUCUUCUUGUUCACCCCUGAUAAUUCAUUUGAUCUUUCAGUGGAUUGGUUCGUUAAUUUUGCCAAACUGUACUGGCUUAGCGGCAAGUCUUUUGAAGAAAUCUGUGAUCAUAAUGCUUCCAUUGCGCAGAAGCUCAACAGAAAACAGGUCUCCCUGACGUGGUUAAUUCUGAAAACCUUGUUCACCUGUACCUCUCCAAACAAUAUCACCCCGCCUUAUCAUGCAGGACCUGGCUAUCCAAUCCUCAGCAAAAUUGUCGAAGCAAUUGCAGACAAAAACUGUGAAAUUGAAAAAGAACACCCUACUGGAGAGAACACUUCAGGAUGCAGCGAUGAAGAAUCCGAAGCUGAAAACGAGGCCCUUCCAGAGAAAAAUUUAGCCAAUAUUGCAACGGGUUUGGCCAAUCAGACAGGAGAUUUCUUUUUUGGAGAUGGUGAAACAGAUUUCCCUUAUGAUUUGGACGACAAUGAUAGCGUUGUUCCAGACAAACAGGACUGGUCUCUUCCUGCGGAAGCCUUCCAACUUCGUCACGAAUUGCAAUUUGGGAUGGCUCCACCAGUUCCCAUGACACACGACUCCCCUGCCAGUGCCAAUGACAGCGAUGUCAACUCCUUCAAUACAAUGGGCCAAUCCUUCGGAUGGAGGCUGAUGGAGAGACAUUCUCUCUCCAAGAUCAGCUUACCUUUCACUCUCCCUUGCUUCAUCUCUAAUUUUCUUACUCUCCAUUUCCUCCAAUCCUCUUCCUUUCUCUCUCAUCACCCUUCCCUUGCUCUUUCUCUCUUAUCGCCUUUCCCUUGCUCUUUCUCUCUCAUCGCCCUUCCCUUGCUCUUUCUCUCUCAUCGCCCUUCCCUUGCUCUUUCUCUCUCAUCGCCUUUCCUUGCUCUUUCUCUCUUAUCGCCCUUCCUUGCUCUUUCUCUCUUAUCGCCUUCCCUUGCUCUUUCUCUUCGUCGCCUUCCCUUGCACUUUCUCUCUACUCGCCCAUCCCUUGCUCUUCCUUUUCAUCGCUCUUCCUUGCUCUUUUUCUCUCCCAUCGCCUCUUCCCUUGCUCUUUCUCUCUUAUCGCCCUUCCCUUGCACUUUCUCUCUUAUCGCCUUCCUUACUUUCUCUCUUAUCGCCCUUCCCUUGCUCUUUCUCUCUUAUCGCCCUUCCCUUGCUCUUUCUCUCUUAUCGCCCUUCCCUUGCACUUUCUCUCUUAUCGCCCUUCCCUUGCACUUUCUCUCUUAUCACCCUUCCCUUGCUCUUUCUCUCUUAUCGCCCUUCCCUUGCACUUUCUCUCUUAUCGCCCUUCCCUUGCUCUUUCUCUCUUAUCGCCCUUCCUUGCUCUUUUCUCUCUUAUCGCCCUUCCCUUGCUCUUUCUUUCUCUCUUAUCGCCCUUCCCUUGCUCUUUCUCUCUUAUCGCCUUUCCCUUGCUCUUUCUCUCUCAUCGCCCUUCCCUCCCGCUCGCUCUCCCAUCUCCUUUCCCUCCCGCUCGCUCUCUCCUCACCUUUUCGCUUCUCUCACCUCUCUCCUCACCUUUUCACCUCUCUCCUCACCUUUUCACCUCUCUAUCGUUCUUUGCUUGCCAUUCCCCUCAUUCUCCUCAUUUUCCAGCUCUCUUCCCUUCCCAGGGAAAAGUGCUGA